AGAAGUAGAGACAGAGGAAGAUCUUCUGUCAGCUGGUUCACUUCCCAAGUGGCUGCAACGGCUAGAUCUGAGCAGAUCCAAAGCCAGGAGCCAGGAGUUUCUUCUGGAGCUUCCAGGACGGAGAUUCUUCCUGUCAUCAAAUGUCUUUCUGCCUGACUGAGCUACACUUGUGGUCUUUGAAGAAUACCUUACACAUUGGGGAUAGAGACAUCGGAAUCUACCAGUACUAUGACAAGAAAGAUCCAUCAGUGACAGAGCAUGGUAACUUAGAAGAAAAGCAGAGGCUAGCAGAGUCCCGAGAUUAUCCUUGGACGCUCAAAAAUAGACGCCCAGACAAACUUCGAGACUCACUCAAAGAGUUGGAGGAGCUGAUGCAAAACAGUCGAUGUGUGCUGAGCAAAUGGAAGAACAAGUAUGUCUGUCAGCUCCUGUUUGGUUCAGGUGUGCUGGUGUCUCUAAGCCUUUCUGGGCCACAGCUGGAGAAAGUGGUGAUUGACAGAAGCCUGGUGGGGAAGCUCAUCUCAGACACCAUCAGUGAUGCUCUUCUCACAGACAAUUUCAUCAUCUUAUCAUUUUUGGCACAAAACAAACUAUGUUUUAUUCAGUUUGCCAAGAAGAUGGAUUCUCCUGAUGUAAACAAAAGACUAGAAAAGCUCUCAGCUUUGGAUUAUAAGAUUUCAUAUUAUGAAAUCCCUGGUCCAAUAAACAAGAAGACAGAACGUCAUCUAGCUAUCAGUUGUGUUCAGGAUGUAUUUGUUUGCUGGUGGCCACUGACCAGUGAUGCUGCUUGGCCUUGGGCUCCCAUUUCCUCUGAGAAGGACAGAGUCAAUCUUCUAAUCCUGGGUUAUGCUCAAGGAAGACUGGAGGUUCUGAGUUCUGUCCGCACAGAAUGGGAUCCUCUGGAUGUUUGUUUUGGCACCAAACAGCCAUAUCAAGUGCUCACAGUGGAACACUCCAUCAGCGUGGACAAACAGCCCAUGGUGGACAGCUGCAUCUAUGAAUGUGUUCGAAACAAAAUGCAGUGUGUGUCAGUCACCAGAAUACCGCUAAAAUCAAAAGCCAUCAGCUGCUGCAGGAAUGUUACCGAGGAAAGGCUGAUUCUGGGCUGUGAAGAUUCUUCAAUAAUUCUUUAUGAAACUCAUCGUAGAGUGACUGUUUUAGCCCAAGCUGAUCUUUUGCCUUCAUUUAUUAGUUGGCAUCCAAGUGGCGCCAUUCUGCUAAUUGGCAGCACUCAAGGGGAACUGCAAAUUUUUGAUAUGGCUCUAUCCCCUAUUAAGAUCCAGCUCCUGGCUGAAGACCUCUCACCCAAGGAGACUUUACAAUUCAAUAAAUUCUUUGCUGUUUCCAGCAAUCUUGUUCAGAUGCAGUGGUUAGCCCCUCAUGUUGUUUCUCAGAAGUCUGAAAGUGGAGACAUCUAUGAUCUUCUCUUCAUCAGAUUUGACAAAGGACCUGUAGGUGUGCUUCUGUUUAAACUCGGUGUCUUUACUCAAGGACAGCUGGGCCCAGUAGACAUCAUCUUCCAGUACAUUCACUGUGAUGAGAUCUGUGAGGCAGUUAACAUCCUGAGCAGCAUGAACUGGGACACUGUGGGACACCAGUGCUUUGUCAGCAUGAGUGCCAUUGUCAACCACCUUCUCAGACAAAAGCUUACUCCAGAGAGAGAAGCACAGCUUGAGGCAAGCCUUGGAACCUUCUAUGCUCCAACAAGACCACUUCUGGAUUCAACUAUUUUAGAGUAUAGAGACCAAAUCAGCAAAUAUGCAAGAAGAUUCUUCCAUCACUUGCUCAGGUACCAGAGAUUUGAAAAGGCAUUCCUGCUAGCUGUUGACAUUGGUGCUCGUGACCUGUUUAUGGAUAUCCAUUACCUUGCACUAGAUAAGGGCGAAUUGGCACUAGCUGAAGUGGCAAGAAAAAGAGCUAGUGACAUUGACACAGAAUCAAUAACCUCUGGAAUUGAUCUAGUGGGGCCGCUGGAAAGAGUUGACACGCUAAAUGAAGAUUUUGUUGGCCUGUCACUAGCACCUCAAGAGGAAGACUCCUUUCCAGAUCAUCUGCCUCCCUUUGACUCACUUCACACACAUACUGUUCAACAGACAACACCGAAUGGCUCCGCUCACAGAUUGCUUUUAUUUCCUUGAGAAGCAGAGAGGCAAGACAUUGAAAGAGAUCUUCCAUCAGCUGGUUCACUCCCCAAAUGUUGGCAAUAGUCUGCAUUGGACUAGGCAAAUCCAGGAGUCUGGAACUCCAUCCAGGUCCCCCAUUUGAAUGGAAGAGACCCAAGUACUUGGGCCAUUAUGCGCUGCUUUCCCAGGUGUAUUAGCAGGGAGCUGGAUUAGAAAUGAAGUGGGAACUGG